AUGUCGAUUUCUACGUCCUCAGUAUUCAGCUGCUGCUCGCAGUCCUCAUCAGGCGCACGCAGGGAGCACCAGGCCGAAGGGUGGCGUCGCGAACUCUCCAAGAAGAUCAACAUUUACAACGGCGAUAUCGACUCGUAUCUCGACAAGUUCGUGCCCGCACGCACCGAAUGCCCAAUCAUACCCCCCGCAGACGCGUCCUUAGCGUCCACACUCGUACCAAGGAAGGGUCGAGAAGUCGCUAACUACGGCCCCCUGAUGGAUAUCUUCAAGGCUCUUCAAGACGAAUUUCCCCAGGAGAAGAAGCUGUCAUUCUACAACUGCCACAACCAGCCCAUCGCAUUUCCCUUCGCCGCACACGCUAAUAGGCACUCACCUGCGAAGCCUGACAUCACCGUUUCUUUCCCUGGGGAACCUCUUGCCGACAAGAUAGUGUGUCCCAACUGGGAUGGCUUCUCCAUGGCGAUCGAAGCCAAGGCUACCGAGGCGGAGGACCCUUUCGAAGGUGGUGACGGCAUUACCCGUGCCGAUGCUCUGGUGCAGCUCGCAAUCAACGCGCGUAGCAUCAUGUACGCCCACGGCCUCCUGGCGACGUUCAUGAUUGGGAUCUACGGGGAUGUCGUACGCCUCGCUCGCUUUGACCACGCCUGCGCGGUCGCUACGCGUGCGUUCCCACUCAAGACUACAGAGGGUCUGGCCGCUAUACAGAGGUUCUUCUGGAACUUCGUCCACCCUUGGGAAGGCGCUUUCGUGGGUGUCGACGCUUCCAUGCGGAGGCUCACGGAGGAAGAUCAGAAGUGGCUUAAGGGUGAGCAUGGUCUUGGCAAGCUGAGAAAGCAUCGCAUUCGCGGCGUGAAACUCGGCGAAGGCCGUUGGACGAAGGUGUACGACAAAGAGGAUCCCGGGACUUGGAAGGCGUUCUUCCUCUUCAAGCUUCUAGACAUCAACACCAGGCUGUUUUCGCGUGCUACUAUGGUUUGGCUCGGCAUAGAAGACACUCGCAUCUCUGGUGAACUCGAAUCACCGCCUCCAUUGCGCAUCAUCAAAGAGGCAUGGCGCCAGGUGAUACGGACACCCGAAGAUCAGUUUUACGCCCGGCUCAAAGAGACCAUUCCAGAAGAGGAUUGGUGCGGUCUUCCUAAGCUGCUCCACGGAUGUGACCUCGGUGUCCGGGAUGUUGCGCGGUGGGACGCUGCUCAGGCUGGCGAGGAAUGGAAAGGCGACGACGGUUUCCAAUUGAUUACCUCCGAAUCGACCUCGUCGGAAACAUCCUCCGAGUCUACUCCAUCCUCCCUGUCCUCUGCAUCUCCGUCGUCCACUUCGUCGCGCGCGGAGGUAUCGGAUGUCGAGAUAACCGAGCCCUCAAUCACGCCGCCUAGCUCAGCGACAGCAGCCCUCAACCGUUUGCCUCGCCCUAUGCAUCAGACGUAUACCUGGAGACUUUUACGCGGUGAGACACAUCGUGUUUACGAGCGCAGCCACAUUCGCUUUGUUCUCGACACGGUGGGCCUGCCGUUAUCCGAGUUCCGAAGUACGAAGGAGCUCGUGAUGGCAAUCCGAGACGGUAUCAAAGGUCACCGGCUCAUGAUGGAACGCGGCGGUGUGCUGCAUCGGGAUGUCAGUAGCGGCAACAUUCUCAUCGUCGACCCGGAGCCGGAUGGACAGAGUCAUCCAUCGAAGGGGAUACUGGGCGACUACGACUACAGCUCCAUGACGCUCGAACCGCCUGACAAGGCUUCCACGCGGGUGUCUUCUGAGCUACCUCCCCUCCGCCCGCUUGAACUAUCGGAACAGUUCCCGGACGUCGCAAAGUGUAAGGAGCGAACAGGAACGUAUUACUUCAUGGCCGUCGAACUCGUGAGGCCUGGCAUUGCAGUGGACGCCCAUGAUUCCCCUCACGACCUUGAAUCAUUCUUCUGGGUUCUCCUCUGGAUUGUCCUACGGCACACCGACUAUGAAAGAGGGAAAGGUGACGAAGCACUUUCUGCGCGCACCUUCAAAUAUGGAAACGACGGAUCCGCGGCGGAUGCCAAGCUUGCGUGGCUCGAUCGGCGGGACGUGUUCGACCCGGUGCUUGCUAUUCCUGGAAACCCGGCCCUCUCCGAUCUCCUGAAUGACUUCCAUGCACUUGUAUACAAGGCUAACAAGGGAAGGGUCCAAGAGCGUGUCUCGCUCACCUACGACGCCGUCCUUCGUAUCUUCGACACUGCCAUCGAGAGGGACGACUGGCCGGUCGGGGAUAAAGCAAUCCCAUACCAACUGCUCGAGUUGCGAACAAAGCAGAGCCUGAUCGCAGCGGCUGAGUCGGACUUGACAGCCCAGCUUGGCGAUAAGCGGCCCAGGACCCUCGAAGAUGACGGCGUGGAGAGCAACCCGGAGGACGAGGACGAGGAUGAGAUGGAGUCGAUGCUGACGCUGCGCUCGGGUGCGUCCGCCACGGCGGCGAAGCGUCCAAGGGUGAUCCCCGUCAUGCUCGGGUCCAGCGAGCAAAUAGCGGAAGUGUCGACGUCUCGUGCGCGCGGCUCUCGUGGAUCGCGUGGAGGGAGCGUGCAAGAGCCCAAGGCGUCGGGAAGCAAGGGGAAGUAG